GCCAUGGCCACGGCGUCGCCCUCCCCCCUCCCAUCCCCUCCCCGCCGCCCCGCCGGUCCCGGUGCCGGUCCCGGUGCCGGUCCCGGUGAGCGAUGGGCAGCGGCGGCUCCGCGGGGCGCGGGGCCCCGGUGGCGGCAGCCGAGGGCCCCGACGGCGUCGAGCAGCGGCUGGAGGUGCGGGGCAGGCAGGUCCCGGCCGAGCUGUGGGCUCAGCAGGGGCUGCGGAAGCUCUACCUGAGCGACGCGGGGCUGCGGGAGGUCCCGGACGAGCUGGCCGAGCUGCAGGACCUGCGGACCCUCGCCCUGGACGGCAACGAGCUGAUGGAGGUGCCCGAGGCCGUGUGCGACCUGCCCCACCUGGCUCACCUGUACCUGGGCCGCAACGGGCUGCAGGGGCUGCCGCCCGCCUUCGCCCAGCUCCAGAGCCUGCGCUGCCUCUGGAUCGAGGGAAACUUCUUGGCGCACUUCCCCCGCGCCCUCCUGCAGCUGCCGGAGCUGCGCAGCCUCCAGCUGGGGGACAACCGGCUGUGCCGGCUGCCCGCGGCGCUGCCCCGCAUGGCCGGCCUGCGGGGGCUCUGGCUCUACGGGAACCGCUUCCAGGAGUUCCCGCCCGUGCUGCUGCGCAUGGAUCACAUCCGCGUCCUCGACCUGGAUCGCAACCGCAUCGCCAGCUUCCCGGACCUCACCGGCCUCGCUUCCCUGCGCCUCCUGUCCUACGACCACAAUCCCGUCCGGCAGCCGCCCUGUGUCGGGGAUGAAGUGCAGCUGGUGGGGGACGGGGCGCAGGAAUACAUGGAGGCGCGGCAGGAGCGGCUGCAGAGCCUGCAGCGCCAGGAGGAGGAGGAGGAGGGCACCGAGGCCGCCCCGAUAUCCCCCGAGGAUGUGCCGGAGGAUGGGGAGGGGGAAUUUGCAGCCCUGACGGGAUCUCCUGAGGAAACGUGAGCCGCUGACCCCCUGAAGGGGUGCAGAGCCUCCACCUGUCUUCCAAGGAAUUCCCAUCUAGGGCUGGGAAAGGAGGAAGUUCACAGCCUCCACAAAGGAAAACCAAUGGUCUAAGGAUCAGCCUUAUCCAGUUGGGACAGCAGUGUUUUGUCCUGGAUCAACAGGGCUCAUGGAUCCCAAUGGUUAUCCCACCUGAGAGCAUCCCACAUACUCCGGGGUGCCUUGGAUUGGGAUACAACCCCCUGCCCUUAAGGGUGAUCCCACACUGCCACCCCACAAGAACGGGGACAUUUCCACUCCUCCACCUCUGAAAAUCCUUUAGUCCUGUCCCAAUGGACAGCACAGGAAAAAGCAAUGCUGGUUGCAUCCAUUCAAUGGAUCCCAUCAUCCUGGAGAGCUCCGAGGUUUGGGAACAAAGACACAAAUCCUGAGAACCCCAUCCUACUGCUGGAACUGGGCUGGGGGAGAGAAUUUUCCACCAGGCUCCUCCUGGACAUCAGGUUUGGGAAGGAGCUGAUGGAAAUUCCACCUGGGUCAAAGCACUGCCUGUCUCCAACCUGAAUAGGGUUUUGCCUCUGUGGGAAGAAGAGGCUCAUCCCUGGCACUGUCUGUCCCAAAAGGGGCACCAGAUCCAGGGCUGACACCUUAUCCUUCCUCUUCCUCUCUCCAAGUGCCUCUUGGACCAAACACAAGCAAUAAAAAGCACAAAUCCAA